UUUAAUAAAAGCGUUAUUGGUUUCACGGCGGAAGGGAAACCCAGAGCCGCCGGAGAGAGACGAGUCGAGUUUAAAGUUGCCGCCUUUAGUAUUCAAUUUGUUCUCUGAGGGAAAACCCAGAAGCUACAAUGGCGAAGCGGGAGAUUUCGAGCACUCUGAAGAGCUUAAAGUUCAUGCAAAGGGCGACUCAGAGAGUGGAGAAGGUGAAGAAAGAAGAAGAAGUAGUGGUAGUGAAAUCUGAUGAUGGAGGUUUUAGCUCCCCUGUUACCCAAAUAAGAAAGUGUGUGGUCGUAAUGGAAGGUGACCCCAAUCCGGGAGCCAUUAAAGGGAGAAUGUCAUUUAACGGUUUCAACCCCUUAAUUGAUAAACUGAAUAACCCCGGUCAGCCAGCAGCCUCUGCGUCUUCUUCUUGCAUCCAAAGUGAAAGAGUUUCAAAUAGAGAAAAUGGGUCCUCAAUGGACGAAGCAGAGUGCUCAAAUAUUGACAAAUCAAACUGUGAGCCUAAUGGUGACCUUAAAAGAAAACAGUCUGAAGUAGUGUCUGAAACACAAUAUCCAAAUAAAUCUCCCAAAAAUGAUCGAGGUCAGUCAUCACCAAAUAUAAGUAAAGGCUCAUUCAAGAAACCAAAGGGUGGAAAGCUGGACUACAACAUUCUUAGGCCAUCAAAGAGUCACACCAAAAGAGGUAGAGACCAUAACUAGGUGAUUGCAUUUAGAAUGCUUUGAAUCACUUUUGAAUUUUGUCAUUGUAUCUGUAAUCUUGUUGUCAAAUUACAAAAGCUCAGUAUCAGAAGAUGUUCGACUUUGGUAA